UCAUUCAAUAUUCCACAAACGUUUAUUAUCAGGGGAAAAACAAUGGUUAUUUUUAAAUGUUACUUCAUUAACCGAUACAAAGAUUGCUGAACGUAUUUUGUGAUAUAAGCAGUAAAUAAUAAAUAGUUGUAAGUAGAUGGAUAACAACGGCAUAAAAAGCCAAAAUUUAAAGAUGGCUUCAGUUUUAAACACAGAUAAAGUGGAAGUGAAUGAUGAAGAAAAAUUGAAUCUUGAACAUUUUUUAAUAAAAAAACAGCAGCCUGAUCCCACAAGAGAUAAAAUAAUACAGAACUCUAAAGAAAAAUACAGUCAGAGUAGACAGAAUUCUGCUGAUGCAAGUAAUCUCAGUAGGAGUCAGAAAGAACGCAAGCUUGAUGAUUUCCUUAAAAAUAAGCGGAGAAGAAGAAGGGGGAAGAAGAGAUUAACUAUUUCUGAUGUAAGGGCAGAGGCAGCAAAAAUUUUAGAAGAAUUUUUACAGGAGCAACUUGCUCAACAGGCAAUACAAACAAGUUCACCAGAAUAUCAGAGAAUAGUUGAGCUGAGUGUUUUUGAGACAACAACUCCAAGUGGGGAAAGUUCUAGUUGUCUAGCAUCAAGUUGCAACAUUUUACGGGAAGAUUCAAUACCAUAUGCUGAUGAAAGCGAUAACGAAUUAAGAAAAGCAGAAAGUCUGCCUCAUGAAAACUUUGUUGAAUUACAGGGUUUUGGUGGUAAAGAAGUUCCAGCAGGAUUAAAAAUUCAUCAUGAGAAAUCUAAAUCUGCCCCCUAUAGUGAGCCUGACAAUGAAUGGCGCCAGAGUCCUAGUACGAGGUUACCUGGCACAGUUCAACCAACUCCGUCUGCUCCGCCAGGUACGCCUCAUACACCAUCUGAAAAUAGUUCCAAUGGAAGUGGGUCAUUGUCACAUCCAGUGCCUUACACUGGGAAACCAAACGAUUCCAGUAUCCCUUGCUCAAGUGAUUCUUUAGAUACAAAUAAUAGUCUUGGAAAACCACAUUCCAGACCGAAAAGGUCUAUCCCUGAAGUAGCACCACACACAUUGAAUCUUUCUGGUCUAUCUGAACCUCAGAGUCGAUCUACAACAUCAGUAAAUGAUGAUGAUGACGAUAAAACAAGCAGUACAUCUCCAACAAAAUAUACAUACACAAAAUCACCACAUAGAGUAAAGAAAUCAGGAUCGGUAUCCUCCAGUGAUACAGACAGCACUGAUCAACAGAUGCAUGGAAGAAAGAAGAAAUCUAUGUUUAAAAAGGCUCAACACAGAAUGCAAAAUUUCUUUAGAAAUAAAAAACAGAAAGCACAUGAUGGUGAUGAUGAGAUGGAUAAUCAUAAUGAUGAAAGUCCGAGAGGGAGUUUAAAUGAAAAAACGACAAGACCUAAGAAAUAUUCUAAAAAGCAUGAUAAAGGAAAUUAUGAUACCGCCGAUAUGGUGGAUAUGGCUGACAACUACGUACCUCAAGGUAAUGAGACAGUCCUAGAAGAGAGACAUAUCCAUAGAAAUAAACAUAUACAUCAAACACAUAGUGGCAGUGACAGAAAAACUGUUCUACGUAGCGAAGUGUCCGAGGAGACUAUAGAUGUUGUUGACAAGAAAGAGAAAAAACAUACAGAGAAAAAAUGGAAGAUGAAAGAAAGCUCAGGGCAAGAUACGGGUCUAUUCGGAAAGCUUAAACGCCUUACUCUCCGUGAUAAAAGAAAACGCAGCAUGAAAGAAUCAAAAUCUGAUAAUUUUGGACAAGACGCGGCAGACAGUGGAUAUUACUCACGGACACUAUCGGUACCCGGCAGCGCUCGCCCAUUUAGACCUAACCAGUUGGGAUUGGAUGAAACAGACGAUGCGGGCUUGACAAUGUAUCCAAACGGUCGAGGAUUUGCCUUUUCCAACUUUGAGAGAGAAGAGAGGCGACCUGGCGUGACGUAUACAAGAGCAAGUCAGGAUCAGACUUCAGAUCUGGUUAUAUGUAGAGAGGAAGGUGAUGAAAAAGACAUAAAACGUCAUUCCAGCCAUCUUGAUAUAGUGGAUUACAGCGGUAACAUGAUUGAGAGGCUAUACUUUGAUGCAGACGGCAAUGAAUUGCCGAAGAACAAGUCAUUUAGUUACCUACAGGAGGAGGACGUACGAGAGCGAGUCAUAGAUGAUCAUGGUCGUAGAAGAGUUGUACGAGAUGUUAAACACCAUGAGCACAUGGAAAUGGCAGAAUCUGAUGGAGAAGAUAAAAAAGACUUGGAAGACAUGACUGAAGCAGAAAAGGAUGAAUUAUAUGGUAAAAUAGCAAGUAGACUGGCAACUAUUGGAGACAAUUUAAUGUCUGAAAGAGAGGACCAGUCCAGAAGUGCAUCUGCUAGUCCAAGAUCUAAACUGACUGAUGAUCAGAAAUCUAGUCCUGAACAAGAAGAGUUUACAAAAACCACACUUACACCAUUAGAGAUAGAGUUGAGAGAUGAGUUAAGAAAAGUUGCUGAUGAUAUGGAUGCAAUGUUGGAAGCAAAUGCCAAAAAAGCAGCUCUCCAUAUUUCUGGUAUAGUCACAUAUAACCAUUUCAAGAAUAUAGUGCAGGAGUCAGUAGGCAAGGAACAGGGCUGGGCUCAGGUAGCUGCAGUGUUUCAGAUAACCAAACGAGCGAUGCGACUGGCUGGCCAGAGCGGAGCUAUGGCAUUACAGAUAAAGGAAAUGAGUUUGAAAUAUAUAGAGGAUACAUUUGCCAACUGGAUUGUUGGGCAAGGUGGUUGGGAGAGUAUGCUGUCAGAUGCUGAUUCAGAUACAGAAUCUGAGCUUGACUGAAAGCCUGGUACAAACCAAAUUUGACUGAAAACCUGGUACCAACCAAAUUUGACUGAAAACCUGGUACCAACCAAACUUGACUGCAACCCUGUUACCAACCGAGCUUGACUAAAUACCUGGUACCUAUCAAUCUUGACUAAAAACUUGGUACUAACCGAGCUUGUUUGAAAACCUCGUACCAACCAAACGUGACUGAUAACCUGGUACCAACCAAACUUGACCGAAAACCUGGCAACACCCAAGCUUGAUUUCUUACCUGGUACCAGUCAAUCUUACCAAAAAAAGAAACAACUGUUAAAAAUGGAAGUUUUCGUAAGUUGAAACCAACUGACCUCUUCCAUUUGUUGAUUCAGUCUGGCCUCCUCCAGUGGUUUAUUCCAUCUACCCUGCAGUGGUUGAGUCUGUUUGACUCAAGUGUCAUCUGCAUUAAAUGCAAGUUAACAUUGUGCCUCAUAUUUGCUGUGAUGUACAUUUUAUUGUUGUCAGAAGAUCUCAGAGUUACUUCAAAGGUGACGUUAGACCAUACAAACAUUGUGUAACUGUUGUGAACAAGUAAUUAGAAAAUUUAGGUGAUAUUUCAUAAUUCGCUAGAGAUACUGUUUGCUCGAUGUAAGAGGUGACAUUAUUUGAAUUUUCAAGGCUAAAAGAUUUAAGGGAUGUAAUGAUAUGUAGAAUUAUAUAAUAUUUGCUAGUAAUAUAUUCAUAUUAUUAGCUUGUCUGUUUUGAAGAAAAGAGGGAGCUAUUGUGACAGCUGCGUCUUCGUUGUU